AUGACUAUUGCAUACAGACGAACACGUGAUAACCAUCCUACUCUACUGGAGCAAGACAGAGUUUAUGUAGCAAUUGCUCCGGCAAACUGUGCCACCGCUGAGAGCUUCUGCAGUUCGCUCCAGCGGGUCUUUGAUCCUCCAGAGGCCGGGGGUGGGACCGGCGCGCCGCUCUGCUGCUCCAGCGGUCUCCAGCGGUCUCCUCUCUUUGAUCCAGCUGGAGGCGCGUUCCGUGAAUGGCAGCGACACGAAGCUCAUCACUUCCUUGUAACAGGAUCGGUGAAUGCGGGCAAGUUCAUUAGAGAGAUGGCCAAGAGGAGACGCAGGAGAGAUGCAACUGUGAAUACUGUACCAGAUGCAACUGUGAACACUGUACCAGAUGUAACUGUGAACACUGUACCAGAUGCAACUGUGAACACUGUACCAGAUGCAACUGUGAAUACUGUACCAGAUGCAACUGUGAACACUGUACCAGAUGCAACUGUGAACACUGUACCAGAUGCAACUGUGAACACUGUACCAGAUGCAACUGUGAACACUGUACCAGAUGCAACUGUGAACACUGUACCAGAUGUAACUGUGAACACUGUACCAGAUGCAACUGUGAACACUGUACCAGAUGUAACUGUGAACUGUGAAACUGUGAACACUGUACCAGAUGUAACUGUGAACACUGUACCAGAUGCAACUGUGAACACUGUACCAGAUGUGAACUGUGAACACUGUACCAGAUGCAACUGUGAACACUGUACCAGAUGUAACUGUGAACACUGUACCAAAUGCAACUGUGAACACUGUACCAGAUGCAACUGUGAACACUGUACCAGAUGUAACUGUGAACACUGUACCAGAUGUAACUGUGAACACUGUACCAGAUGCAACUGUGAACACACUGUACCAGAUGCAACUGUGAACACUGUACCAGAUGUAACUGUGAACACUGUACCAGAUGCAACUGUGAACACUGUACCAGAUGCAACUGUGAACACUGUACCAGAUGCAACUGUGAACACUGUACCAGAUGCAACUGUGAACACUGUACCAGAUGUAACUGUGAACACUGUACCAGAUGUAACUGUGAACACUGUACCAGAUGUAACUGUGAACACUGUACCAGAUGCAACUGUGAACACUGUACCAGAUGCAACUGUGAACACUGUACCAGAUGCAACUGUGAACACUGUACCAGAUGCAACUGUGAACACUGUACCAGAUGCAACUGUGAACACUGUACCAGAUGCAACUGUGAACACUGUACCAGAUGCAACUGUGAACACUGUACCAGAUGCAACUGUGAAUACUGUACCACACCAACAUUACCAAGUAAAUGGUACAAAUAUAAUCAACAAUAAUGGUUACCAUAACCUGAGUAGCCCAGAGCCAGACCCAGAGCCCAAACCAGACCCAGAGCCCAGAGCCAGACCCAGAGCCCAGAGCCAGACCCAGAGCCCAGAGCCAGACCCAGAGCCCAGAGCCAGACCCAGAGCCCAGAGCCAGACCCAGAGCCCAGAGCCAGACCCAGAGCCCAGAGCCAGACCCAGAGCCCAGAGCCAGACCCAGAGCCCAAACCAGACCCAGAGCCCAGAGCCAGACCCAGAGCCCAGAGCCAGACCCAGAGCCCAGAGCCAGACCCAGAGCCCAGAGCCAGACCCAGAGCCCAAACCAGACCCAGAGCCCAGAGCCAGACCCAGAGCCCAGAGCCAGACCCAGAGCCCAGAGCCAGACCCAGAGCCCAGAGCCAGACCCAGAGCCCAGAGCCAGACCCAGAGCCCAGAGCCAGACCCAGAGCCCAGAGCCAGACCCAGAGCCCAGAGCCAGACCCAGAGCCCAGAGCCAGACCCAGAGCCCAGAGCCAGACCCAGAGCCCAGAGCCAGACCCAGAGCCCAGAGCCAGACCCAGAGCCCAGAGCCAGACCCAGAGCCCAGAGCCAGACCCAGAGCCCAGAGCCAGACCCAGAGCCCAGAGCCAGACCCAGAGCCCAGAGCCAGACCCAGAGCCCUGACAAUGAUCAGUACACAGAGCCUUGGAACAAAAACAAGAAUUCAUCUAAGUAG